AUGGGUAUAACUCUUUGUGUUAUAGUCAAGUUAAUUUACUUGACAAGUAUAUCUAAUACACCACAAGAUCGUCGAAAUCCAAAUCCACCAAAUUCAUAUUUAGAUCCAAAUGAUCUAGAUCAAACAGAUCUAUAUGAAUAUGAAAAUAAUGGAUCAAAAUUAAGUAAUUUAAUUAAUCGUGGUACUAUACCAUUACCUCGACGUGAUAUUAUUGAUUCUAUAUGUUCAAAUAUUAAUCAAACUUUAUUAGUAGCAAAAUUUUUUUAUUUUUUUUAUUUUGCUGCAUUUGGAGCAUUAUUUCCAUUAUUAAGUAUUUAUUUCAAACAAAUGGGUAUGGGAACAUCAUAUUGUGGAAUUUUAAUGGGAUUUCGUCCAUUUGUUGAAUUUAUAUCUGCUCCAUUUUGGGGUGUUGUUGCUUCUCGUUUUCGACAAGCAAAAAUUAUUUUAUUAAUGGCUUUAGUAUCAUGGAUUCUAUUUACUGUUUCCAUUGGACUCAUUAAAACACCACCACAUUCAUGUUGGAAACAAAAUUCAACUCAUACAACAUUUGAACCACUUAAUAAUAAUGCCAUACGAACAGUUAAAAAACGUGAUGUAUUUAACAAUGAUGAAUCAUUUACAGUUCGUUUAAAACGUCAAAAAUUCAUUAUACCAAUAAAUAAUACAAAUUAUACUCAAACAAUUUUAAAUCGAGCAUUAGAAUUAGCAACAAAUAAAACAAAAUUAAUGAAUAAAAUAAAUUCUAUAGAAUAUUUUAAUAAUACAAAUAAAAUUCAGACAGCAAUGGAAAUGAUUAUCGAUUCAAUUAUUUCAACUACAACAAUAUCAAAAUCGAAAACACCUCAACUAACAACAAUAACAACAAGAAGAAGAAAAACAACUACAACAACACCAUUCACUGUUCAUUAUGAAAUAGAAGAUGAUGAUAAUGAAGAUGAUACAUAUCCAGAUCAAGAUACAAUAAAACCAACUCUUCCAUCAUUAACAACAAAAACAGUAAUGGGUAAUCCAAUUCAAAUAAGUCAUACAAAUUUAUCACUAGUUAAACCAUUGGGUACAAAUAUACUAUAUUUAAAAAAUGAUGUACGAAAUAUAUUUAUGCUAUUUUUACUCUUAAUUGUUAUUGGAGAAUUUUUUAGUGCACCAGCAAUUACUCUAGCAGAUGCUUGUACGUUAAAUUAUCUUGGACAAGAUACUGAAUUAUAUGGUCGACAACGUAUGUGGGGUAGUGUUGGAUGGGGUAUAGCAAUAUUUCUUGUAGCAACAAUAUUAGAUCAAUCAAAAAGUUUAACAAUUCAUCCGUGUGGUUCUAAUAGUACUUUACAAGAAAAAAAUUAUACAGUUUGUUUUGCUACAUUUAGUGUAUUAAUGGCAUGUGCUUUAGGUAUUGCCACUCAAUUUCGUUUUACAUAUAAUGAAGGUGAACAAAUACCAUUAAAAUCAUUUCAAGAUGAUCUUAAACAUAAAGUACAUCAUACAUCACCAAGACAACGUUUAAUUAAUGAAGAUGAUGAUAGAGGAUUAUCAAAUACACACAGUAUUAUAACUAAUGAACAACAAAUACAAAUUAGUAUCAGAAAUCAACAGCAACAUGAUAAUAAACAUCCAUUUAAUGCAUCAUCUUCAUUUUAUCAACGUCGUGCAUCACAAACAAUGAAAAUAAUGCAAUUAGUUCAAUUAUUUAUGACCGUUAAACAUGGAACAUUUUUAUUCAUAGCAUGGUGGAUGGGAUGUGGUGUUGGACUUGUCUUUACAUUCUUAUUUUGGCAUUUACAAGAUUUAGGUGGUUCAGCGACUUUAUUUGGUGUAGCAUCGGUGAUCAAUCAUAUAUCGGAAUUAUUUGCCUAUUUUUUCUUACAUGAAUUAAUUCGACGUUUAGGUCAUAUUAAAAUAUUAUAUUUGGGUUUAUUAGGAAAUACUGUACGUUUUGUUUAUAUAUCAUUUCUUACAAAUCCAUGGUGGGUUCUGCCAUUUGAAUUUAUUCAAGGAUUGACACAUGCAGCUGUUUGGGCAACAGCCUGUUCAUAUUUAUCUCAAGCAGCACCAGAAAAUUUACGUCUGUCUUGUCAAGGUAUUUUACAAGGAUUCCAUUUUGGAUUUGGACGAGGAUGUGGAGCAUUAUUUGGAGGACUUUUAGCAUCAGCUGUGGGUACUGACUUAACAUUUCGUCUCUAUGGUAUUUCCUGCUUGUUGAUGAUGGUAGGAUUUGCAAUAUUAAAUCAUUUUUACAAAGAUGGACAUCGACAUCGAACAAUGAGUAGACCGAGUCUCGGUAAUGAUCCUAGAGAGUAUAUGCCAGAUUCUGCUUUUAUUGCUCCUCAUGGAGUACCUUCAAAUCCAAAAUGGCACACAUUUUCUCCUGGCGUUACUGCAGGAAUACGUCAUGAUCUUGCGUCUUCCCCCAUUCCGCCCAAUUAUUAUAAUCAACGUAUGGGUACACCGAGUGGUAAAACAAUGGAAUAUAUUAAAAAGGGCUUACAAGUUAAACAGGGUGAUAUAAUUCGUAAACCAGAUAAAGUUGCUAGUAGUGUUAAAAAAGAAUUUUAA